AUGCUUAAUGAUAACCAGACUGCAAUUACUGAGGUUUGGAUAAUUGGACUUCAGAGCUUUAAUGGAACCAGGAUAUUUCUCUUCAUUAUAAUCCUUGCCAUCUAUAUUGUGAUAGUAGCUGGGAACAUGCUUGUAAUAUCAUUGGUAAUAAUAAAAACUAAUCUCCAUACACCUAUGUACUUUUUCCUUAGUAACUUGUCUUCUUCUGAAUUAAUGUUUACCACAAAUAUAGUUCCAAAAUUCUUACAAAUUCUGUGGGCAAAGAAAAGCAAAAUCUCUAUAAUUCAAUGUUUAACACAGUUCUAUAUUUGUGGCUCUCUAGCAGCAACAGAAUGUUUUCUCCUUACCGUAAUGUCAUAUGAUCGUUAUGUAGCCAUAUGUAACCCUUUACACUACAAUUAUUUCAUGAGCUUCAGGAUUUGUUACCAAUUGGCUGCCUGGUGUUGGAUAUGUGGCUUUUCUUCUAUGUUAACUACUCUCAUUUUAGUUUGCCAAUUGCACUUCUGUGGUCCAAAUAUAAUUGAUCAUUUCUUUUGUGACUUUGCUCCAAUUUUGGAAAUUUCCUGUUCAGAUAUCUCCACUGUCAAACUGGAAACAUUUAUUUUUACUUCUUCUGUGACACUUUUUCCAUUUAUUUUCAUAAUUGGAACUUAUGUUUAUAUAAUUCUUACAAUCCUGAAAAUUCCAUCUACGACCGGGAGACAGAAAUCGUUUUCAACUUGUAGUUCUCACCUAACUAUUGUAUCAAUAUAUUAUGCCACACUUAUUACUGUUUAUGUGGUACCUUCCAGGGGAAAGUCAAACACUAUUAAUAAGAUUUUGUCUCUGAUGUACACAAUUGUGACACCAUUGUUUAACCCAAUAAUAUACAGCCUGAGGAAUCAAGGAAUAAAAGAAGCAAUUGUAAAGGCUUCAAAAAUGAAACAUUGA